AUGGCUCCCCAGACUCCCAUCCCUCAGAACGACAACGUCGCCCACGCCCUCGCCGGCGCUGGCGGCGGCAUUUUGUCCAUGGCCUUGACUUACCCCCUCAUCACGCUGUCUACGCGCGCCCAGGUCGAGUCCAAAAAGGCCGACACGCGCUUCAUCGCCGCCGUCCAGAGAAUCAUUGCUCGCGAGGGCGUCGCCGGCCUGUACUCGGGCAUCAACUCGGCCCUCUUCGGCAUCAGCGUCACAAACUUCGUCUACUACUACUGGUACGAGUGGACGCGCGCCUUCUUCGAAAAGGCCGCCCAGUCCGCCGGGCGCGCCAGCAAGAAGCUCACCACCGUCGAGUCUAUGAUGGCCGGCGCCCUUGCCGGCUCCGCCACUGUCAUCAUCACCAAUCCCAUCUGGGUCGUCAACACCAGGGUCACCACCCGCAAGCAAAACACAGAGGCAGACGUCGAGGCCGGCGUCCGGCCACGGGCAAAGGGCCCCUCCACCCUUGGUACCCUCAUGUCCCUGCUCAAGCACGAAGGCCCCCAGGCCCUCUUCGCCGGCGUCAUCCCGGCCCUAGUCCUCGUCAUCAACCCCAUCCUCCAAUACACCCUCUUCGAGCAGAUGAAGGACGCCGUGGAGAAGCGAAGAAAGGUGACGCCCGCCAUCGCCUUCUUCCUCGGCGCGCUGGGCAAGCUCUUCGCCACCUCGGUGACGUACCCUUACAUCACCGUCAAAAGUCAGAUGCAUGUCGCUGGCCAAAACGAAAAGAAGGAGGGCAUGUCCCAGGCCCUGCGUCGCGUGAUCAAGGAGGAGGGCUACGCUGGCCUCUACAAAGGUAUUGGCCCCAAGGUCACUCAAAGCGUGUUGACUGCGGCAUUCUUGUUCGCGUUCAAGGAUGUCCUUUAUGAGCAGACGGUCAAGCUGCGCAUGGCCGCUGCGCGCAGGCGCGUUGGUGCCUAG